AUGAACCCUGUGAAUGCUACUGCUCUCUACAUUUCCGCCAGCCGCCUAGUGCUCAACCAUGACCCUGGAGACCCCAAGGCAUUUCAAGAGAUUAUCAGUAUCCUGCCUUACUUGCGACAGUCCCUCUCUUGCUGUGUUUGUGGACAUUUGCUACAAGAUCCUAUUGCACCCACCAAAUCCACCUGUCAACACAAUGUCUGCAAAACUUGUAAAGGCAAGAAAAUGAUGAUGAAAUCUUCAUGUAGCUGGUGCAUAGACUAUGAGCACUUUGAGGAAAACAAGCAGUUAAGCAUCCUAGUAAACUGCUACAAGAAACUAUGUGAAUAUAUAACCCAGACAAGACUGGCACAGGACAUAAGAGAAGCAGUUGACUGUUCUUCUGAUAUUUUAGCUUUACUCAAUGAAGGAUCAUUGUUUUGUGAGGACACAGAGAAACCUUCAGACUCAUCCUUCACUCUGUGUUUGACACAUUCCCCUUUACCUUCAACCUUAUAACCCACAGCAGAUCCCCAUGCUAAUUUAUCUCCAAAGUCUGAAAGCACCCUCAGCAUUGCUAUUGACAGUUCUGUUGUCAAUGGUUUGCCUAAUUACAAAGGACUUUCAAUAGAUAGAUUUGGUAUAAAUAUCUCCUCACCCGAACAUCCAAAUAUGAUUGACAUGUGUAAUACUGUUGAUAUAAAAACUGAGGACCUGUCUGAGAGCCUGUCACCUGUCUGUGACAUGGUAACCACUGAUUUGUGCUCCACAGUUAUUGAUAUCUGGAGUUUGAGUGAAGAGACAAAACCUGGUGACUCUUUUUUGCUGAGUGAUGAGGAAGUAAUCCGCAGUUUGGAGACUGUUUCAAAUACAGAAGUUAGAUGUCCUAAUUUGUAUACAAAUUUGGAAGCCACUGUAUCCAAUGAAACUUUUUUGAAGCUUUCUUGCAAGUCUCUUAACCAUAAUAUUUUUAUGUCUACCAGCCCUACACCUCAUGUGUUAGCAAGUACAGCAGCAACUCCAAAGGUAGCAAAGUUGAAUCGAAAAAGAACCAGAUCUGAAAUUGACAGUGAAAAAGUUCAGCCACUUCCAAUUUCUACCAUUAUCAGAGGCACAACACUUGGGGCUUCUGCUCUUGUGAUGGUGAAGCAUGAAAGGAAAAUCAUCCUUCAACUUAUAGCUACAGUUUCCAAUGGAGGCAUAACAACCAAGACCACCAAAAGUGUACUUUUAUCUACUAAAAGCAUGAAAAAUAGUCAUGAACAUGGAUCCUAGAAAUCCCACUCUAAACCCAAGCCAGGUAUUCUUAAAAAAGACAAGGCAGGAAAGGCAAAGAUUCUUAGUCAUCAUGUCAUGCCAGGAAGUCCUACCAUGACUGUGUACAAAAAGCCUCAGGGAAAGAAAGGAUGUAAAUGUGGGCAUGAUAUGCAAAAUCCAAGUAAUUUUACAUGCAGCAGACAGUGCUGCCAUUGUUACUCUAACCAGAGAGCCUGCGUACAUUGCAGAUGUUGUGUCUGUCAGAACUCCUACAUGGCCAAUGGGGAGAAGAAGCUGGAGGCAUUUGCUGUGCCAGCAAAGGCCUUGGAGCAGAGCAGACUCACAUUGGGCGUUAAUGUGACCAGCAAUGCUGUGCGCAACACAAGUACCAGUACCAGUGCCAAUGUCACAGGGACCCCAGUAAUGACAUUUGAUGGGAGAUGUCUUGGUCCGGACCGUGUACUCACAGGAAAUGGUGACCGGGAGCAGGAGGUGACCUCCCGCCCACCCCUCACCAUUUUCAUCCCCAGGCCCCGCCCCAUGCCAGGAGGAGUGCAGGACGACUGGGCGGGGGCCAUGUCUGCCAUCUUCAUAGGUGGAGAAGGGGGGCCCCAAGCCUAUGGCAGGACUUCCUGGCAAGGGAAACCCGGCAGCGGAGACUCACGCCAAUCUUCGUGGGUGGGGCAGGACUUCCGCUCGCAGAUUGCAGCCAAAGCCGACCUUAGCCGAGGCCAUCAGGAACUUUUGUAA